AUAAAGCCGAACCUCGAGAUGCUGCAGCCAGGGGCCGUUCUACUGGUCCUAAUUCUGCCCCUCAUAAGCGGGGACGUGAGCCACCUGUCCAAGGAUUACAUACCGCCCAGGGCGAAACAAGAUGCUCCAGCCACACCGUCCAAUGAUGGCCAGGAGGUUCAAAAGGAUCCAUCUGGAUUCUAUCCCUCGAAUGGAUUGCCCCUGCCGCCGGGCUAUGCCAUUCCCACGGGCAGUAAUGUUCCUCCGCCGCCUGUCCAGCCGCCGAACUUUCCCCUGCCCAUCUACCCACCGUUCUUUGGAUUCGGCGGAGGUCCUGGCGAGCCGGGAGUGGGUCCAGGCAUUGGUCCGGUGCCCUCGGCCUAUCCCAAUGGCGGAGCCUUCCCAGUGGGCUCACCAAAUGCUGCCUACCACGUGCCUCCGGGUGGAGUUUAUCCCAAUGGCGGAGCUGCAUUCGGUCCUCAGGGGCCUGGUUUUCCCCCACAAGGAGCUGGUUUUCCCCCACAGGGAGCAGGAUUUGGUCCACAGCCAGUAGGCUUCCAGCCGCAGGGAGGUUUUCCCCCACAAGGACCUCCGUUCGCACCACAGCCAGGACCCUUUGGACCCCAGGGAGCUCCCUUCGGAAACGCUUUCCCCGGAGCUGGCUUCCCACCACCGCAGGAAGGACCGUUCCCACCGCAGGGAGGACCCUUCCCACCGCCAGGUGGCCCGUAUCCACCCGAAUUCCUGACCAACCAGGGUCUGCCCCUGACCAAUCCCCAAGGUCCGUUCCAGGGACUCAAUCCCACUGGGUUCAAUGUGCCCGCGGGCUUCGGCGGACCUGUGCCCGGCCAGAAUCCAUAUCAGCAGUUCGGGCCCGGAUUCGGAGGACCUGCUCCGCCCGGCUACUCCGAUGAGGCGGCAAAGGAGCAGCCCAAGGAGGGCGAGAGGAAGGUGGUGGCGCCGCCGCUGGCCGAUGAUCCCAAGAACGGGGCGGACACCGUCUACGCCACCAAUGGCGGCUAUGUCUACCAGAGGGCCAAGUAA